UUUACACUUCUUUUGGAUUUACCAAACAAAAUAAACAAAAAAAAAGCAUAGAGCUAUAUUGGAUUACCAACGGUCAGUUAAUUUCGAAAUCAAAUUUUUUGUUAUAAAACCGUGUUGUUAGUGGCCAAACGAGACCAAGGUCAAUGAAAAAUAUUUGAAAUAGUUUUUCUGGUGUUAAAAAGUGGUGAAGUUUUUUUGGUUCUUUUAUUUAAAAAAAAAUUAGAAACGAAAAAAAAACAAACAAACAAACAAGAGUGGAUAUUAUUUUCUGUGGAUACAUUACAUUCCUGUUAUACAACGAAAUUUGCUCAAAACAAUUAGAUUCAAAGUUAAUGAACAUUUUUCUGGAUAAGAAAAUAACAAAAACCGGAUAAUCUGAGUCAGAUCAAAAGAAAAAAGUUUCAAUCGCAUAGUUUUUUUUUAAACUUGCGUAAGAAACUUUUCGUUUUUGUAAUUUUUUUUUAAUUUUUUGAAAAUCGCAGUAUUGCCCACCGAGUCACAUAAAACACAUAAUGUUGAUAACGUCAACAGCUGAGCCAGUUAUGGCCAAUCACACAGAGAGACCCAGUUGGGGCUCAACAGAUACAGCCGUUGCAAUGCGGCAUGCUUUCAAAUCUUAUGGCAAAGGUAAAAAUGCCAAUCAAGUUUUGAAUAAUCUCAAUAUGACAGUUCCAAAGGGCACAAUUUAUGGACUUCUAGGAGCAUCCGGAUGUGGUAAAACAACUCUCCUCUCCUGCAUAGUUGGUCGUCGUCGUUUGGACUCCGGUGAUAUCGCAGUUUUAGGUGGCAAACCUGGAACACGAGGUUCCGGUGUUCCUGGCAAACGUGUCGGCUAUAUGCCCCAAGAAAUCGCCCUCUAUGGAGAAUUUUCAAUUAGAGAAACUAUGAUGUAUUUUGGUUGGAUCUUUGGAAUGGAAUCCAAAGAAAUCAGGGAACGUUUACAGUUCUUAUUGGAUUUCCUUGAUUUGCCAUCAGAAAAACGAUUGGUUAAGAAUCUUAGUGGUGGGCAGCAGCGACGUGUUUCAUUUGCUGUAGCUCUAAUGCAUGAUCCUGAAUUGUUGAUUUUGGACGAACCGACUGUGGGUGUGGAUCCUUUAUUGCGACAAAGUAUAUGGAAUCAUUUGGUUCAUAUCACAAAGGCUGGACAAAAGACCGUCAUUAUUACAACACAUUAUAUUGAAGAAGCUAGGCAAGCGCAUACGAUUGGUCUCAUGAGAUCUGGACACCUGCUUGCCGAAGAAUCACCCAGCGUAUUACUAUCAAUGUAUAAAUGUUUAAGUCUUGAAGAAGUAUUUUUAAAAUUAUCCCGCAUUCAAAGCCAAAAAGGAGAAUUAACUCAAGUUAACUUUAGUAAUAAUAUUUCUCUUCACACAAUGGCAUUCGGCAGUAAAAAGGACAAUCCCAGUUCGAGUCAUGAAGGUGGAGUUGUAGGACUUAAUUAUUAUCCAACACAAAGUAAAGAAGUUCUAAUCAACGAUACAAAUGGAUCAAUAUAUACGCUUAAUCAGGAAAAUUUCAAUCCUCCGUCACCAUACAAGAAACAAAACGAAAAUCCACCAACAGAUUGUUUUGCAGAUCUCUGCACGAUAACCUCAAAAGGUAAAAUAAAGGCCCUCCUGACGAAGAACUUCCUGCGAAUGUGGCGUAAUGUUGGUGUUAUGAUGUUCAUUUUUGUUUUACCCGUGAUGCAAGUAAUUCUAUUUUGUAUGGCCAUUGGACGUGAACCACAAGGACUUAACAUUGCUGUUGUCAAUGACGAACUUAAUAAUACGGAUAACUGCUUCUGGCAAGAUGGAUGUCAUGUUGAAAAUGUUGGUUGUCGAUAUUUAAGCCAUCUAAAUAGCAGUAUAGUAAAACGAUAUUACACGGAUCUAGAUGUGGCACUUGAUGCGGUGAGAGCUGGCGAUGUCUGGGGUGCUAUUCACAUAGGAGAAAAUUUCACAGAUGCUUUUGUUGCCAGAGCUGCUUUAGGACGUGAUUCUGACGAAGAAACAAUUGACCAAUCUGAGAUUAAAGUCUGGCUUGAUAUGUCAAAUCAACAAAUUGGUGUCAUGCUUAAUCGGGAUCUCCAACUUGCUUAUCGUGAUUUUGCUAUGAAGCUGUUGGAACAAUGUGGUAGCAAUCCAAAAUUGGGUGAUGUGCCAAUUCAAUUUGACGAACCCAUUUAUGGAACUAUGAAUCCGUCAUUUACUGAUUUCGUUGCACCGGGAGUUAUUCUGACAAUUGUUUUCUUUUUGGCGGUUGCUUUGACGUCAUCGGCUUUAAUUAUUGAAAGAACUGAGGGUAUGUUGGAUCGAUCAUGGGUUGCCGGCGUGUCUCCCGGUGAGAUCCUCUUCUCCCACGUAGUAACUCAAUUCGUUGUGAUGUGCGGUCAGACGUCUUUGGUCUUAAUCUUCAUGUUGGUCGUCUUCGGUGUAACAAACAAUGGUGACUUAUUCUGGGUGAUUGUCAUUACUCUGCUGCAGGGUAUGUGCGGCAUGUGCUUUGGUUUCCUAAUUUCUGCCGUUUGCGAAUUGGAACGCAAUGCAAUUCAACUUGCGUUGGGUUCAUUCUAUCCCACACUAUUGUUAUCCGGUGUCAUUUGGCCAAUUGAAGGAAUGCCAAUUGUACUGAAAUAUAUUUCACUUGUGCUGCCUUUAACAUUGGCCACCUCAUCCCUGCGUUCCAUACUCACACGUGGCUGGACGAUAAUGGAACCAGCUGUGUACAGCGGCUUCCUAAGUACACUGGCAUGGAUUGUACUAUUUUUGGUGUUCACACUGAUUGUUCUGCGGGCGAAACGAGGAUAAGUUAGUAUCGCUUUGGCAUGAUACUGGCAAAAGGGAUCAAGAUGCAGGAUUUUAACAUAUUUGACUCUUAAUUUUGCUCCGUGACGAGCAAAAUAAUUCCAAACCCUUUCCAUUCUGCCCAAAAAUCCUACAACAUCUUUCAUUCUUCCUCUCUCUCUAUCUCUUUUCGUCAUUUUAAGCUGCUCCGUCCCUCCUUCAUUUGCUCAAUAUUUAUUUCUCCGCAGUGCAGUGUAUGUGUAAUUUAUAGUUUAAUUUAAUUGUGUAGUUAAUUCUAAGGGUUAGGCUGUAAUUUAUGAAUUCAAAAAGAAAAAAAAAAAAGAGAAGCAAAUUAAAAGACAAGGGAAGCAAAAUUUGAACAACCCUAUAAUGGAAUUUUUCGGUUUCGGAAUUCAGAUACGAAUAAGUAAUCAAACAAGACUUUUGAUUACAUUUUCGAUAAUUAAAUAUUGAUAUCGAUAAAUUCAAUGAUAGGGAUGAGUAAUAUUAUUCUUCUCGAAAUGUACAUACAUAAAAAGAGACAAUAAUUUCUUGGUUUGUGAUCACAAAAAAAAAACAAAUAAUGUACAAGAUUAUUGAGACAAUCUGAUUUUUAUUUAAAAAAAAAAAUGAAUGAAAGAUUUUUUUGGUCUCCUUGGAACAGAAUAUAUAAAUGAAUUUAGAAUUUAAAAAAAUAAUAAUGUGUGUGUGGUCUGUGAUUUUCAAUACUAGAAUAAAAAAAAAAAAAACAAGAACAAAGUUAAGAAGGAAUAUUUCCUUUUUUUUAUAUAAUAAAAAAUUAUAGGUGUGUUUUAUCUUUAAUUAUUUUUAUUUUUUUGUUUAAAAAAAGGGUUAAGAUAAAAUAAAAAUGGGAAGAAUAUAGUUUUUUUGCGAUAUUUUUUUUUUGUAU